UCUAACUUCAUACUGUAUUUGACAAACACGGUGACAACUUGUAUCGCUGCGUUACUUCACGUAUUUUAGCAUCUUAAAGGGCAAGCCUCGUGCGGCGUUUAAAACAAAUGUCCAUUUAAAAAGUUCCUGAAAAGAACUUCUGAUUUUUUUCAGCCUCGCCAGCCCGAAUAAAGGAGAAAAGAAGGUGCAGAGGCAGGAAAGCACACAGAUGUUGAUCUUCUGACUGAUAAGGAACAAUCUUCAUGAAUGGAACAUGCUGCUCCUGUGCGGCCUCUGUCCUCUCAGUCCCCGAUGUCUGGACGGUGUACCCUGCGACUGAGGUGUCUUUGUCCGACCUGUAGUUCCGGAAGAAUGAGCUGCAGCUACCAGUUGAACACUUGAGAACCCCCUGGCCCCGUUUCCUCUACCUACUGGGCACAAGAGAGUUCCCAAGACACCCUCUCAAGCAAAGCAGAACUCAGAAACACUGGAGCUGCUGCAGCUGUGACAGCACACCUCCGGGAUAUCACCUCAAGCAAGCAUGGUCGUGGACGUGGAGGGGAUUAUUCGGUGCAUCAGGCACAGGGAUGAGAGUGGCGUUCACACUCAGCUGCAGGAGUUCAACAGAGAGUAUGCCCAGUGUUUCUUCUUUGACGCAGAGGAGAGAGACAGAAGGAAACAAAGGAAGCUGGAAGAGUUUAGGAAAAAUAAAGUAAGAGAAUGUGCCGAAUCCGACUCUGAUUGUGACGAGAAUGACCAAGAGGACCGGGGUCUCCUCCUCAGACAGAGUUUGGCUGUGGUGCUGGUGAGGUUUAUAAGAACUGGAGUGCACUGCCAUCUGCUAAGAAUUGCACUCCGCACCCUUAGGAUCCUCUCCAGAGACAAGAGGGUCCUGGGCCCUUUGGUGACCGACAGCGCUCUCUUGACUCUGGCUAAACUGGCAGGGCUGAGCACGAGUGAAUCAAACGAUGACGCCAGCGGCCCCGACUCUGAUUUCUACGACAACAUCAUCUCCUCUCUCUCUGACGUAAAUGCACCGAUGUGUUGCGGCGACGGUAGUGACGAUGAUGUCAACGACCUAAACAAAGAGUGCUCCGCAUUUGAAGACGAUGCCAAGAGUGAUGUCAGCGCCUCCAACUGCAGCGAUGUGGACACUAUCAGCUGGCCCGGAAGCCACAGGCCCAGCAUUAACGAAAUGCACAGAGGCAGCGUCCAUCAUAAGGAGCUGGAGCGAGGGAGGAAGGACCGUCGUGAGAGCAAGAUGGAGGGCAACGAUGAGGAGGAGGAGGAGGAUGGGACAUCGGUAGAGGAGAUGCAGAACAAAGAGGCUUUGAAGGUGUUGUGUAAUGUGGUAUACAACAGCACUUGGGCACAGGAGAGGUUCAGCGCACUCAGGCUAAUAUGCGGCCUCAAAGAGCGCCUCUCCUCCAGGAUCAUUCACCCGGCUCCCUCCAGUGUUCAGUUCUACGAAUUACGACUUACCUUCCUCAUCACUGCAUUGCGACCUGAACUCAGCACUCAGCUUCAGCAGGAGGGAGGCGUCUCCAUCCUCUCAGCAGCCCUGGAGGGCUACCUGGAGGUGCAGUGGAAGGAGCAGUAUGACUGCUUGCUAGACCCGGCGGCGCCACCUAUUUCUCUGGAGGCCUCUCAGCGCAUCAUCGAGAUCCUGAAAAUCCUUUUCAACGUCACACACAGAGCCCAUGGACAUGCACCGAGCGAGGCUGAUGCAGCGCUAUACCGACAUCUAGUGGCAAUCCUGCGUCUCUGCAUGAUGAGGACGUGCAUGUUGCCCGAGGACACAGAUGAACUGCAGGGUCAUACGGUCAACCUGUUAUCGGCGCUGCCUCUCCAGUGUCUGGAUGUUCUCCUGAUGGUGCCACUGGAGCCUGACUCUGAGCAGUGCCAGGGGGUCAACAUGGACUGUGUCCACACCCUGCUGCUGUUCAUGGAGAGACGCUUGGAAUCAGGGGACAGAGUCAAAGAGAAACUAACUCCAAUUCUCAAUCUGCUGACAGAAAGCUGUCGGGCCCACAAAGAAACGCGCCAUUACAUUCGGACAUAUAUCCUGCCUCCUCUGAGAGAUGUUUCUCAGAGGCCAGAGGACGGCUGCACCGUAAAAAGUCGCCUGGUCCGCCUCAUGACAAACCUGGACACUGACGUCAAACAUUGCGCUGCCGACCUUAUUUUUGUCCUCUGCAAGGAAAACGUGAGGCGAUUUGUGAAGUACACAGGCUACGGCAACGCAGCGGGACUCCUCGCCACCAGAGGCUUGCUGGGCGGCCCCACGUCCAGAACCUCCUGCAGCAACACCCUGUACUCCAGCGACUCCGAUUCUGACACUGAGGAGUACCGACAGGUUAAAGACCGCAUCAACCCGGUCACUGGGAGAGUGGAGCGGGAGCAGACCGACCCCAUGGAGGGCAUGACGGAGGAGGAGAAGGAGGAGGAAGCUAAGAGUCUCAUUCGACUCUUCAACAAGCUGUCCAGGGAUAACAUUAUUCAGCCAAUGGGAGUGGACGCAGAUGGAAAGCUGGUACCGAUGGCGGGACUGAGGGAGAACAGUCUCACAGAAGAGUCGGCGUCAGACACAGAUGAAAAAGAGAAGGACUCAAAUCAAUGAAGUCCGUUCUGUCCUCCUAAAUAUCCUUUUUUGCUGUUUUAGUGCUUCGAUAUUUGUGGAUAGACCUAGAAAGAAGUUUUAUUUAAUUUGUUUCUCCUUAUAGGAUCAAUUUGAUUUACUUUUAGUUCUAUUGGACAAAAUGAUUGGGACAAGUGGCCGUUACGUCAUAAAAAGAACUUGAAUGAAAUUAAACAGAACUUUUCACUCUUAUGUGAAGAGGACUCUGGCCUCUUAAUCCAAAUAAUGUGUUAGACCGCCUCCAACAACAUGUACAGGUGCACAGGCAUGCUGCAAGGAAAAGGGGCCUUACCUCAAACUUAUUAUUGUAUGCCACAAAAUAUUGGCAACACUCUGCGUAAAUUCCAUGUGACACAUUUGGAGGCGCCACCUUAAUCUUUGUGAGUUUGUGGUUUUAGGUGUGUCUGUACACACGCCACAUAGAAGCCUAGUUGGAAAGCUGUCCUUCAUCUAAUGAGUGAUUGAAGUCUUAACGAGUUGAAAGUCAUUCAUCACCCUAAUAAGUGUGAAAUGUGACAAAGUGGUGAUUGUGAUUAAACAAAUGAUGAUGAAA